AUGAAGCAGCAGCCCACGCCGACGGUCCAGCAGAAUGACCCGAACCAAGUCGUAGAGAUGAAGCAGGAGCCCACGCCGACGGAGGUCCAGCAGAAUGACCCGAACCAGACGAUGAAGCAGCAGCCCAAGCAGCCGACGGAGGUCCAGCAGAAUGACCCGAACCAGGCGAUGAAGCAGCAGCCCAAGCAGCCGGAUGUCCAGCAGAAUGACCCGAACCAGGCGAUGAAGCAGCAGCCGAUCAAGCAGAAUUCGAAGCUCGACCCCAACGACCCCGACGCGUGGCGCAAGGACAAGCGUGGCUCGUGGCUCUCCCCGCAUGCGCUGUAUAUGCGAUUCUAUAGGACCACUCACAGCACUGAGACGGAAGAGAUGUAUGAGUGGUGGACGCUCCGCACGAUGAUCAGCGAAUUGGGUCCCGAACUCGCUGCCGACCUCAAGCAACGACACGAGGCGGCGGACCCAAGAAGGCUUGGGCGCUUCAUCAAGGAGCACCCGGAUUUCCCUGGUGAACAGUUCCGGUACAAGAACUACAGCUCGAGCAAGGAGAUGAAGCGAAAGGUUGACAGCUCCGAGGCGACGAUGGAAAUGUCCGCGGACGUCGAGCCGGAUGAUGCCUUUGACGCGAUGGAGAAGUUGCUUGCGGACCAGGAGAACGCGAGCGGAUUGCCGAACAUUAAGCCCCCCAAGCCACCACCAAAGCCGAAGAAAGACAAGACGUUCCUGCAGCUCGCCAAAGAGGCAUCAGCCGACAACAAAGCCAACCUUGAACUGACCGAGUACGAAGGCUUCGAGAAGUCCCUCACCGACGCAGGGGACGACGACCCACCACCCUGGGACCUGCCAGCAGAGCCACCCACCACAGAACGAGCCAGCAGCUCCACUGACCGGCCUAGUCACCACCCCAUGCCAAUACAACCGCCACGCUACCCGGGGCGAUCCACACCUUCCAUCAAUCGGCCCACCAUACCCACCAACAAGUGGGCCAUCGGUCGCAUCAUUGCAGAAGAGGCGGGAACACCACACUCUCCACCCUGGUGGCUAGUCAACAUCGAGAACAAUCCCAGGCGAAAGCUCGAACACGAGCUCGCAGCACUCAAAGUCGACACCGAGCCGCUCCGUACCAUCCCACCCGGGAUCAUUGCAGCCCAUGCUCCCCCCAUUUCCAUUGGCACCACCCUCAGCCUCACCAGGCCAGACCCCAAUAUGUACGUUGCAGAAGUUCUUUCAGCCCCAGACCCAGGGCACUACGAGUUCAACGCAGCUAUCUUGUGUGUCGGUGACGUGCUCACCUUCACCUGGAUAGAUGGCGAGUGGACCCUGGACGUCCACUUGAACGAACAGGCAGGUUGCACAGACCCCACGGACCCUGCAGACACCAGCGGAGAAGUGCAUGCUGUCACGUACCAUGUGGUGAUUUUGCUCAACAUGUUGACCUCGUGGCAGAGGAGCCACGAGUGCCCAGGGAGCAGCAGUGACACUUCUCCCAGCAAGAGGCCUCGGAGCGUCACCUCGCCAUUCCGAGAGGCUGCCUCCAACCUGUUGUCCCUCGCCACAGUCGGGGAGAACACACACCUUACCCAAGACAUGGUGUUGCAGCAGCUAGCCCGUACACUCUACCUCACCACCACAGCGAUGGAGGCAAACCCCGGGGUAUCCCAAAGCAGUACCAGACUUGCAGCAGCCCGGGGCGUACACUACAUAGUGAACAGUGCAUACAGUAGAGUAGAUGCCAUGGGGCUGCCUGGCCUGAUGGAACACCAGAACGACCUGCUCGUGGGGUCCCGACUGGCUACAGUUGCAGAGGGCGAGGACGUGUGGGAAGCAGAAGAGGUGCACACAGCGGAUGUCAUUGCCAUGCAAGCCGGCGGGGCGGAGGGCACCAGACCUUUCCAUGUGCACUCCGUGUCCGUAGAGCAGGCUACGCAAAACCUGGCAGCUGUUCGGGGGUUUCUUCAAGGAGAUGCCUACAGGUUGUGUGGCCUGGCGCUCACGGAAGUACUACACUGGUACCAUGGCGGGGCGGUGCCGGCGCCAGACAGCCAAGACCAAGCCGGGGCGGAACACAACGAUGGCAUCGACAUGGAAUGGCCAACGACCGGGGCGCAAGCCCCGACACAGCUCGAUUCCCAUGGUGACCCUGGGGAUGAAGAGAGAGAAGCUCUACAUGACCUCGCUCAACAACGUCAAUAUGAGCGGGGCAAAGCAGCGCAAGAGGAAGAACACGACCUCAGCGACGAGGAGUCCACCGCGAUCCUAGCGCAACAGUGGGACUGCGGGGCGUCACCAGACUUUGGCGCCAUGACCUAUCAAGAGAUGAACGCUGCAGGAGACCCCCCACCUGGGGGCGAGGCCACGCAAGAGGCCGCGGAGCGGGAAGAAGAUGAGCUGGAAGCUAUGGCAGAGUACGAAACCUUCUCGGGGUCUGAAAACUUUCGCUUUGCCCUCAUGAAGGACCUCGAGCCGUGCCGUAUGACGCUGGCCGACCUCAAGCGAGAUCUUGCUUGGGCGGUGGGAAACAAGGCUGAGGAGAGCCAGCUGAAAGAAAAGGCUUUGCAGAAGAGCAUCGUCGAGUUCAAGCUGUGUGCCACCCCGAUCCGUGGAGCUAUCAAGAAGGCCAACACCGCAUCGAAGCCAAAGCCCAAAAGCAAGGCAAAGGGAAGAGCAAAGAAGUAG